CCCGCCACGCCCGCCCGCCAGCCACCGCCGUCACCAUGCUGGGGAGCAAGCGACUGGGACUGUCCCGCCUGGCGCUCGCCCUGUCCGUGCUCGUGUGCCUGGGCGCGCUGACCGAGGCGUACCCCUCCAAGCCCGAGAAGCCCGGGGAGAACGCGUCUGCGGAGGAGCUGGCCAGAUACUACUCUGCGCUGCGACACUACAUCAACCUCAUCACCAGGCAGAGAUAUGGGAAACGAUCCAGCCCGGAGACACUGAUUUCAGACCUCUUGAUGAGUGAAAGCACAGAAAAUGUUCCUCGAACUAGGCUGGAAGACCGCUCUAUGUGGUGAUGGGAGAGGAAACUUGUUCUCCGGGCUUUGCCUAUUUUCCAACCCCAAUUUCAUUCUGUUAAGCUAGAGUCUGCCUGUCCUCCCAUUGCAAGCAGCCCCUGUGCUCCACUCUGCAGAGCUCUCCUCUGUCAUCGUUGUAUAUAUGUGCG